AAUUCCAACCAAAACGUUUGUCCAUGUUACAGCUGCAGAUUUCCCGCUUCGAAAGCGUUAUCCAGCGUGCAAACGUAACGUAUACAAAAGCCAGGAUAAUUCGAGGGAUUUUCUGUAGUUUUUCGGUGUAAAUUUGAAAGUUUCGAGCUGAAUUUUUGAUAGAUUCAUUGAUUUUUGUGCUGUGAGAACAUUACGGUUGAAGUGCACUUGCAGAAUGCCGUUCGAUUUCAAGGAGAUAACCGAGCAGCUGAAUGAGGCUAGUACUGGAAGUGCUGGUGUUUCUUUCUCUGGAAAAUCGUUGAAACUCAAUUCUGAAGAUGACGCAAAGGACGUGUGCGAGGAGAUCAAGAAAUGUGAGAAGAUGAGCUACCUUGAUUUAGAAGGUAAUACCCUGGGUCCAGACGCUGCCAGGGCUAUAUCAAAAGCCUUGGAAACUCAUGGAUCUCACUUGCAACGAGCCCUGUGGAAGGACAUGUUCACAGGUAGAAUGAAAAAUGAGAUUCCCAAGGCACUGGAGUAUCUUGGAGAUGGAUUGAAUAGUGCUGGUGCACGAUUGGUAGAGCUCGACCUAAGUGACAAUGCAUUUGGGCCCAUUGGAGUCCAGGGUCUUGCUGCGUUUCUGAGAUCAAGCACAUGCUACACUCUUCGGGAACUACGUCUCAACAACAAUGGUCUGGGUAUCACUGGUGGUAAGAUGUUGGCAAAGGCAUUGUUGGAUUGUCAUGCAAACAGUUCUAAGGAAGGUCAACCCUUGGCAUUGAGAGUUUUCAUCGCUGGACGGAAUAGACUGGAGAACGAAGGAGCUACAGCUCUUGCUGGUGUGUUUGAAAAGCUAGGGAGUUUGGAGGAGGUUGUGAUGCCACAGAAUGGAAUUUAUCACUCUGGGGUCUCAGCACUGGCCAGUGGACUAUCCAAUAAUCCUGGAUUAAGGGUUUUGAAUCUCAAUGAUAAUACUGUGGGCCCGAGGGGUGCUCAAGCUCUUGCUGAUGUUCUCCACAACUUCAAGGCCCUCGAGUGUUUAAAUCUCGGGGACUGUUUAUUGAAGACUAAAGGUGCCUUGGUAAUUGCUGAUGCCCUUGGCAUCAAAGGAAAUCAUCUUUCACUUACAGAACUCAAUCUCACGUUCAAUGAGAUUCGAACAAGGGCUGCGGAAGCCUUGGCUCGUUCCGUUGCGGAUAAAACUCAACUUGAUAGUUUUCUGCUGGAUGGAAAUGCUCUUGGAGAGAGUGGAAGAACUACUCUGAGGAAUUACCUCGAGAAAUCGGAAAGAAUUAAAUCGUUGGGGCCUUUUGAUGAUGAUGCAACUGAUGAAAGUGAGAACGAGGAGAGUGGCGGUGAAGAGGAGGAAGAGAGAGAAGGUGAAGGAAGUGAUCAGGAUGAUCAGGAUGAUCAGGAUGAUCAGGGUGAUGAAGUGUAUAUCGAGAAAGAGCAGACAGUUCAGACACCUAUUCAGGAGAAGAGCGUGAAGAAACCUAUAAGUGUCAAGGAGUUUAUGAAAUCGUCGAGUGGAGAAAAUUUGUUGUUGAUCGAGGGGGAUAAGGUCAUGGGAUUUUUGGAAUAUGCUAAGGAACGCUGUCAAGGCAAAAAUUCUCGGGAAUCUGAGAAAUACGUGAACGAACUCUUGUGUAUUGUAAUGAAAGUCUCUUCACACUGUGGAAGUGGUUACGGCGAUGUCAGAGUAGAAGCUGAACGUCUGACAGAUCUCUUGUACUCUGAAUUGUUUCAAUAUGCCUCAGAAAAUGAUCAAAUGUCGAAAUUAAACAAUAAUUUAUUGGUCGACUUGGGGCUUAUAAAAAGCGAGGACAAGAGUGUUGGGAACAUAAAUUGGAACCUCGAGGGUUGCUUCAAAGCUCUGGAAAAAGUUGUUCAGAAAGAUUAUUUUCCAUCUUUAACGAAAGAUGCGCUCAAAUUAUUCAUCGAAAAGCCCAUAAAAACGGGACGAAAAUUCGUAGAUCCAUUCCAGGAAGUGAAAACCUCUCUGAAGACAAUCCUGAAUAGACUUCCAAGUACGUAACGUAUCAAUCGGCGCAAUAUCUAACAAACAAGUUGUGGAUAUA